CAUACGCUCACCUGUCAAGAUGGAGUGCUGGACACAUGUCUUCACAUUGCUCCUGAUAGAACUCCUAAUACUAUGGCAUGACUCCGAAGCAUAUUCAGUGUUCACUAUAGACCAAGUUCAUUUGACGAUUCAACCCGGGAAUACGGUGGACAGGGGAACCUCUGUGAUCUUGGUCUGCAAGGGUCACGUGAGUUCCUCCUCCCCUCAACUGCUCAGAGGCACCUUUGAAUUCCUCCGUAAUGAUGAAGUUGUUCAUUCAGUAAACACCACUCGCAAUGAGGUGGAGCUAAAAAUCAAUCCUGCGCGGGUCUCCAACUCUGGAUUCUAUGAGUGCUCUGUCCGCAUUGAGGACAGGUUCAAAAAGAGCAACCCGGAGAAGCUCAUUGUUCAAGGUUUGCAGGUUCCCAAACUGACAGUAAAUAAGAACCACGUAUAUGAAGGGGAUGAUGUAUCUGUGAGCUGUAGUGCUGUAGAAGAAUCCGGACCGCUCCAGUUUUAUUUCUUCAAAGAUGGAAAAGAAAUCAAAAUGAUCCAUACUUCAACGAACACAGCAAAUACCAGCAUAACAAUAGAAAGAGAGGGAGAAACCUACUUGUACUGCCAAUUUUCAGUCAAAGAUCACCCUCAGGCUGGCAUUUCCAUGAACAGCACUGCAGUGAAGAUCAUCGCCACAGAGAUUAAGAUCACUCCAGAGCUUCACAUUUCUCCCAAUGAGAACAUCUUUGAAGGAGACAAUGUGACGAUCCAAUGUGAUGUGAUAGCAAAACAUAGUCAUCUUGCUCUUUAUCUGAGCAAGCAGAGCAAAAUACUGAAUAAAGCCAAGACUGGAUUCAGUUAUUACUUCAGACCACGUGCUGAGGAUUCUGGGGAAUAUGUGUGCAAAAGCGAGUUGGGCGCACUGCAAAAAUCCACUGGUGGCAUAAUGAGGGUCAAAGAGCUGUUCUCAAAGCCAAAUCUGAUCAUGUCACCCAAGGACGUGUUUGAAGGAGACGGCUUCUCCGUGCAAUGUGCAAGCACCCCAUCAGAAAAAAUCACAAAUAGACAUAUUAAAUACAGCAUCUGCAGAGAUAAUAAGAAUUGCACGGUGAUGUCCAGCCAAAACAUCACCGCAGGACCGACCUCCAAUGGGAACUACAGCUGCAAAGCUGAGGCCAAUGGGAUCAUUAAAACAAGCUCAAUAUUUAGCCUUAGCGCUAAGGUUCCUGUCUCUGUGCCUGUGAUAAGGACAACGGACAGGGUGAUUGUAGGGAAGCCAUUCCAGGUGGUGUGUGAGAGUGAGAACGGGACUCUGCCAAUCCAGUACAGUUUGGUGAGACACGGCAUGGAAGUGUAUCAGUACCCAGUGCAUGGGCCACACCGCAGAGCUCUGUUCAAUGUCACCUCUAUCAGUCGCAAAGCAGAGAUUCGUGAUUUCACCUGUAAGGCCUCGAACGGCAGAGAACGCUUUGUCAAGGAGAGCUCCAGACUCAAUGCAGUGGUCAUAGAGCCAGUAUCCAAACCAGCCCUGACCCUGAAUACUGAAGGUCGCACAAUCACAGAGGGCACUGAACUUGUCCUCACCUGUAGUGUUCAGGCAGGCACCACCCCCAUAACCUUCACAUGGUUUCACAGCGGGACCACAGCUCCCCUUGAUACAAAACAAUCAAGUGUCACCAGUGCGGUCCACACCAUCCAGUCCACAACCCGAGAUCAGAGAGGGAGGUACCACUGCACUGCCUCCAAUGAAGCCAGUGAGAGCAAAAGUAGCUCUCCAGUCACGAUUGGAGUGAACUUGGCAGGCUGGAAGAAGGUUGUAAUUGCAGUAUUCUGUAUUGUGCUAUUGGUGGCUAUAAUGAUAGCACUAAUCCUCAUCAUGAAGAAAAAAUACAAACCACGCAGAGGGAAGCGAGCAUCUGAGCUGUCGGUAAAACCAGUGAGGUCUAAAUCAGGUGAUCCAAUGAGAGUGAGCCUCACCCUGGACGCUGAGGAUAACAUUGACCCUAAUGCCACUCCUGGUGUGAUGGGACGUAAUGUGUGGAGCGAUCAUGUGUCUAGCUCAGGCUCUGAUGAGCAGAGCAGUGGGGAUGAGUAUGAGAAGUCCCGGUAUGCUGAGGUGGCUCAUCCACAGGGCGUAGAUCACACCAAAGCUCCUCUAAAGAAAGGAACAGACACUGUGUAUAGUGAGGUCCAAGAGAACACGCAAGAAGCCAGCGAACAUGCAGAAGGGGUUUCUUUGGAGUAUGCUCAGCUAAACCACAAUGAGCAGGAGUCGGAGUAGAGCAAAAUCCAUAUCUUCAUCAUCCAUCAUCUUCUUCUUCUUCAACAUUUUUGUUGGGCUCCACCAAGUCAUGGCAUAUUUAUUUCUCUAAGUUAUUCAGUUCAAACUCUAAAUACAGAUCUGUCAGUGGAGCUAUUUACAUACAU